AUGUCCAUUUUCAAAGUAAAACAGUGGUGGUCUAACGAUAAAUUGCAAAAUGAAGAGACAAAUGAAGGAAAUCAAAACGCGAACUGUUUGAAAGUGGACAAGUUUAAUUCGCAUUCUGAAAGCGAUUGUAUUCUGGUCGCUGAAGGGGCUUUGUUGAAAAUAUACAAACCGAAUGCCGAGGAAUCGUCUUCACAGAUUUUAUUAGAAUCUCAGUUGAGUGAUGUAGUGUUGCAAAUUGAAACUGGCAAGUUUACGGGAAACUUUGAAGAUCGACAAAUAUUAGUGUUGCAUCCACAAAGUUAUGAAAUAUACCACCUCAAAAGAAAAGAAGGGCAUAUGGAAGCUGGUGAUCAAAACUAUCUCACACCUGUUAUAAAACAUUCAUUUACAAGAAAAGCAGAUAGUUUAACAUGUGGACCAUUUGGGAACAUAAAGACCAGGGAUUUCAUCUGCAUCCAAGGUUUGGACGGCAGCCUGAGCUUCUUCGAUCAAGACACGUUCCUGUUUAUGUGCAUAUUCAGUGACGUCAUAAUACCAUCGCCUGUUUGUUACAUUGCGAGCUGCGAUUCCUUCGUCAUUUGUAAAUCUACGUGGGUGUUAGAAAUAUACAGCUAUCAGCAACUCAGGGAAUUUAGUGAGUUGACUAUCAGACAGAAUAAGAAGAACAUCCCACAGUGGGUUUAUAAUGCAGGCGAAGAAAUUACUCGAGUGCAAGUUAUUCAGACCAGCAACAACUUUUCCAGUAUUGUAGCAUUAGGCGAGAGGCACAUCUACUGUUUUCAAGACAAUGGACUGAUGAAGUACAUGAUUAAAUUCGAUUUUAUACCGAUUUGCUUCUGUGCUUACCUCAUUGGUUGGUAUUACGAACCUGGUGCCAGAUUACUCGUGAUGGUAACGUCAGAAGAUUCAAAACUAUACAUUUACGAAGGAACUACUUUAUUAUGGAGCUGUUCGCUACUAAGCCCGGCUAUAGCUAUAUCGAGAUGCUUUCUAAAAUCUCUACCUGGCGGACUAGUCACACUUUCUGUGAACGGAAUCGUGAAUGUUGGUUACCUAGGAACAGAACCUGAUCUCAACUCAACCGCCCCACCGAUGAUGAACGAAGUCGCCGACCCCGAACAAGUACAAAAAGAACUAGAAACAGUUGAAGAUUCAUUGCGUAAAAUACUAAACAAUAACGAAGAUGUAGACAACAGUAGAUCCUCAAUAGAAGAAAUACUCAAAAUAAAAGCAGACGUGGGGAAACCGGUGCAGAAUUUGUUUCAAGAAUUUGCAAAUGAAAAGAAUGAGGCGCUACACUUGUUAAUGUGUCCAGUAGUUUUGAUACUAACGUGUGAAGAUCCCAAGUCUAUUCAAAGCGUGCAAGUGUCUUACGUGUGUGCUUCUCCGUUCUCUUGUUCCGAUUCCACGAUUUGUUUAGACAGCGUGAAUGGAACAGAAAUUAUAGAAAACCAAGUAUUCCUUACUGGUGAAGCUGAUAUUUCUGAUACUAGAGUGAAUAUUCUAAUAACAGCUACCGACAGUAUGGGGAAAAUAGAAGUGUUUAAUAGACAAGUAUUGUUGCCAUUGAGUCUUUAUUGUACGCCAGUUGAGAAUGGCGCUGAAGGCCGAUAUAAAUUGCGCAUUCAGCCUAACAACGCUUGCAUUGAAUUCUCCAAGAUAUUUACAGAUUUCUCAGAAGACGAACUAAGAAAAUACGGCAGUACCGUAACCUUGGCGUACAGAUCGACCAAACAAACAAUAACGUUGAAAAGUGAAGUCGAACAAUAUUUAGUACAAGCUGACGAUUUUACUGAAAUAACUGCUGUGUUGGACCAUUUUCUUAUUAAACUCAUAGACCACAAUAUGCGCAUGGGCGUCAAAGAUUUCAGAUUCAAUAUAAAACAUGACAAAGAGUUUGUUAGGCAAUUGACUCACAAGUUUUUGAAAUGCGUUGAAACACAUGCAAAGGAACGGAAUAAAUUAAAAGAAUUGGAGGAUGAGCUGAAUGUCCUUCAGAAGCAGUUUAUAGUGGUUCAAAAGAGGCUCCUGGUUCAAUACGGAUCCCUACCACCUGGAGAUUGCGAUCCUUUGGAGUUCCUGAUGAAGGAUACACACUUGCGUUUGGUCACAGUGGUGCAUGAAAUAAUCAGUUGUAAAGAGGCUGUGUGCAGAGCUGGAAGCGCUUUAUCAGCAGUGGGCAAUCUUAUAAUCUAUUUAUUGAAGCAAUUUACUAGAGAUGAGCUCAAGGUGACGCUAAUAGAAGAAAUGAUGUCUCUCAGUUCAUUAUAUGAAGACUACCAAGAAUGGGAGGAAGCGGUCACUCAAGCAAUGUCCUACAUAUUAAACAACGUGUUUAAGAAAACUGAGAAGGACAAAGAGAAGUUAGCUCCCGUAACGGAACAAGGAAUUCUAUCACAUAUCAACUUAAAGCGAUUCCUCAAGCAACUACGAAUGAUACUAGACAAAAUGUUCACAGAAAUACUUGAAAACGAAGACAUAGAUAACACACACAAAGUGACGCGCAUUCAAGAACUUGUCGAAGUAAUAUAA